AUGUUCAAGAAGCCGCCGACGAUCAAGCCGUCGACGCUGCUGCGCUCGUCGAACCGGCGCGCCCUCAUCGCGCAGCUGCAGAGCCAGUACCCGGCCUUUGCCGCCGCCCCGCCCGAGCUCGUCCUCGCCCUCGUGCCCGAGACGAUCCGCAACGGCAAUGCCAGCACGAGCGCCGAGGACAAGGCCGUCAUCUACACCGACGACAACGGGCGCCCGCUCUGGUUCGAGGUCGGCAACACCGCCGGCAAGGGCGCCGAGAAGGCGGGCAAGGGCAAGGGGCAGGCCAAGGUCGAGGUGAUCCCGACGAUCUACGCACUCUGGCUGCUGCCGACGCUGCUGCCGCGCAUCCCGACCGAGGCCAAGCUGCUGGCGUCGCCCGACUCGGCGCUCAUGUCCGGCUCGUCGCUCAUGGUGCCCGGCCUGCUACCGCCGCCCAACACGUACCCCGAGUCGUCGGGUCCGCCGCCCAAGACCAACGACUUCAUCGCCAUCACCGCGCCCGACUCGGACGUGCCGCUCGUCGUGGGCCGCGCCGAGAUGGACGUCGCGGAGAUGGUGACGCGUCGCGCGCAGGGCGAGAAGGGCAAGGCGAUCCGCAUCCUCCACACCUACUGGGACGAGCUGUGGACGAUGGGCGGCAAGGGCGCGCCGCCAGGGCAGGACGCGCUGCCCGACAUGGCGUCGCUGAGCGUGCAGGACGGCGACGCGCCGGCUGCCGAGGCCGCCGAGCCUGCUGCCGAGACGGUGGCGCAGCCGGACACCGCCGCCGACAUCCUUGCCGACCUGCUGAGCGGCGACGGCGACGCCGCGCCGGAAGCAGCGUCGUCUGCCACACUAGAGACGGAGGAGGUGGACGCGCUCCUGACGCUCGCGCUGCUUAGCGCCAUCAAGCUCAGCCCGCCGGAGGAGCUGCCGGUCGACGCCAGCACGUUCUACUCGAGCCAUGUCCUCCCGAACCGGCCGGCCACCUGGCCGCCGGCGCCGCGGGAAGAGGGCGCUGAGGCGUCGUGGACGGGUGUCAACGCCAAGCGCGAUCGCAUCCCUGUCGGUGCGGACGCCGAUGUGCGGAAGAGCUCGGCGAAGAAGCUGGCCAAGUGGAUCAAGAACGCCGAGCGAGACGGCCUGGUCAAGACCAAGGAUGUCAAGGGCAAGGUCUUCAUUCACGAGCUCAUGACGGGCCACGCCGACGUGCAAUCGUUCGUGCCGUUCCACACGAUGGUCUCGGUCUCUGAGGCGGCCGCGGAUGCAGCUGCAGACGCCGCAGAUGCAGAGAAGGCGUCCGCCCAGGCGACCGGCGACGCCGCUGGUGCGUCGGACGAAGGCAGCAGCGGACAGCUGCGCACCGUCGUGGAGCGCUUCUGGCUGCCGGCCAACCAGGGCGUCAAGCUCUUCCAGGGCGCUGGCUACCCCACGUCGGUGCCGAGCUCGCGGCCGACGAUCCGUGCCAUGCUCAACGACUACGUGACGAAGAACCAGCUGCAGGACGGCCGGCAAAAGACGCACGUGCGGCUCAACGACACGAUCCUCGUCAGCGCCCUGUUCCCCAAGGUAGCCUCGGCGGACGUGCCGGGCACGAUGCCGCGCGACGCGCUCGUCGACAAGCUCAUCGCCGUGUCGUGCCAGGAGCACCACCGCGUGAGCCGGCUGAAGCCGGCGCGUGCGCUGCGUGCCGAGAAGAUCAACCUCGAGGGCGGCGCCGACAUGGAGCUCGAGGCGGGCGAGGUGCGCGGCCCGAUGCGCAAGGGCGGCCCGUCGCCGAUCCACAUCGAGGUGAAGCAGCGGCAGGGCAAGAAGGUCGUCACGCUCGUCACGGGCCUCGAGAGCUUCGGCAUCGAGCCCAAGGACCUCGCCGGCGAGUGCAAGCGCAAGAUGGGUGCCAGCAGCAGCGUCACGCCGCUGCCCACGAGCUCGGCAAAGAACCCGCUCUUCGAGGUGCUCAUUCAGGGCGACCAGCGCAAGGGCCUCGGCGAGAUCCUGACGGGCACGCAUGGCAUCGAGUCGCGGCUCAUCAAGAUCGAGGAGGGCAAGGCGAAGAAGUGA